AGGCCGGCUUCGUGCGCACAGAACGCGAAGACUACCUCGUGGAGCCGCUGGAGCCACCGCGGGGACACGGCCCGCAGCCUCAUCUCGUUUACAAGCGCUCCGUCACCUCGGGAAAUGUCGGUGCUUUUCCCGACGAGUGGCUGUCACGUGCUCAAGACGGACAGCACUCCUCGCCGUUCUGCACCACCAGUGGAGCUGCGUUGCCCGCCCACAGAGGGUCCCGCGCUGGGCCUCGGGAGCACCAUCGACGUCGACGUCGUCGCUCGGUGAGCCUGGAGCGUAACGUGGAGACGCUGCUGGUGGCCGACCGCACCAUGGUGGAGUACUACUCCAACGAGACCUACAGACCUACCUGCUCACCGUGCUCAACAUGGUGUCCACGCUGUUCCAUGACGCAAGCAUAGGCAACGCCAUCAACGUGGUACUGGUCCGCAUGAUUCUCCUAGAGCCAGAAGCUGCCCAGGAAGAACCGUUGCCGUCGUCCGAGGAGCUGGACCAGUUGCGAGUGGACGAGUCGGCGGACGGGACGCUGAAAAGCUUCUGCCGUUGGCAGCGGUUCGUCAACCCGUCGGACGAGAGCCAUCCUAACCACCACGACUUGGCCAUACUCGUCACAAGGUUCAACAUGUGCGCUCCAGGUCUGGAGCUGUGCUCGACGUUAGGCCUGGCCGAGGUGGCCGGCAUGUGCCAACCGCAGCGCAGCUGCAACGUCAACCAGGACUCCGGGCUCACGCUCGCCUACACCAUCGCGCACGAGAUCGGACACAACUUCGGCAUGAGCCACGACGGACCUCACAACGGGUGCCAGGCGCCGGCGGGACUCCGGCAGCACGUGAUGGCGCCCCAUCUCAGCUCGGACCCGUCGCCCUUAGUGUGGUCAAACUGCAGCCGAGAAGAGAUCACACGUUUCCUCGACCGAGACUGGGGCAGCUGCCUAGACGACGAGCCGCGGGCUCACCAGUUCACCUUUCCUUUGCUGCCACCGGGUGCCAUGUACGACGCCGACCACCAGUGCCGGCUGCAGUACGGACCGGCCGCCCAACACUGCGACGGCAUCGAGGAAGUGUGCCGGACGCUGUGGUGCCGCCUGGACAACAAGUGCGUCACCAAGAUGGAGCCCGCUGCACAGGGAACCGUCUGCGACAAGAACAAGUGGUGCUACCUGGGCGAGUGUACCGAGAUGGGCGAGCGUCCGGAGGCCAUCGAUGGCCACUGGGGUCCCUGGUCCAACUGGUCCGAGUGCUCGCGCAGCUGUGGUGGAGGCGUCAUGGUCUCCGAAAGACACUGCGACCACCCGAGGCCAGCCUAUGGUGGACGCUACUGUAUCGGAGAGAGGAAACGUUACAGGAUGUGCAACACUCAGAGCUGCGCUGAGGACGCACCCAGCUUUCGUGCCGUGCAGUGCAGCCACUUUAACAACGUCUCCUACCAAGGAGAAUUGUUCAACUGGUCUCCCGUGUCUGCUCCCGCAACCCCGUGCCAGCUGCACUGCAAGCCGGACGGCAAGUUCUACUCGCGUGUGCUCAAGGAGUCGGUGACCGACGGCACGCCGUGCAGUCCCGGGUCGCGGGAUGUUUGUAUCAACGGAAAAUGCAGGCGCGUGUCCUGUGAUUGGGGAAUCGAGACGAGCGCCCGGGAGGACCGCUGCGGCAUCUGCCACGGCGAUGGCACGCGCUGCAUUACCGUCCACAAGGAAUUCAACCAGAAGGAAGGCAUCGGCUACACGGAGGUGGGUCGGGUGCCCAAGGGCGCUCGCAACAUCCGCGUCGAGGAGCUGGGUGCGUCGGGCAACUACCUGGCCGUCCAGGGCGCGGCCGACGGCGAGUUCUUCCUCAACGGUGACUGGCUCGUCCAGUGGAGCGGCGAGUACGCGGCCGCCGGCACCACGCUCUUCUACCAGCGGCAGGGCGAGAGGGACACGCUCCACGCACCGGGACCCACCAAGCAGGAGUUGGUGCUCUACCUUCUGUUCCAGUCCGAGAACCCGGGUCUCAAGUACGAGUACACGGUGCCCGAGUUGAACGCAAGCCGUCGGCCCGAGUUCCACUGGCGCUGGUCGGACUGGAGCCCGUGCACGGUGACGUGCGGCGGCGGCUCGCAGGAGUCUCAGCCGCGCUGCUUCGAGAAGGAGGCCGGUCUCGUCGAGGACACCCACUGCGACCCGGCGUCGAGGCCCGCAACGCGCCGGAGACCCUGUUCGCGGCAGCCGUGUCCGGCGCGCUGGUGGACAGGGCCGUGGCAGCCGUGCUCGGCCACCUGCGGCGGAGUGCGACGUCACACCGUGCUGUGCGUGCGCUCGCGCGGCAAGGCCGACCAGCUGGCGCUGCGCCAGGAGGCCUGCGACCCGACGACCAAGCCGAACGACACCGAGCCGUGCCCCGACGACCCCCGGUGCCCCGGCGCGGUCGCGGUGCGAAACGGGACGGCCGUGACUGCCCUGCCAUCGCCGGAGUUGUGUGGACCGGAGAGGCCCGACUUAUGCGCGACCACGGAGACGACCGUUGUUGCGACCGCCGCGCCUUGCAGUAGCGGCGGCGACGCCGCUAACAGCAGUAACGACGGCGGCUGCGACUCGAGGUCGAGCGACGUCCCUCCGCGUCCCACCGCGAGCGUGGUGGACAUUCAGUCCAACACCGUGCUCGACAUACCUCUGGGAGACGCGCCGGGCGACUUUUGGAACCUGUCAGGCAUAUCGGGCCUGCCCCAGAUCCUGGACCUUCCGGUGCCUCGCAAGGUUGUGGUCCUGGAGGACGCGCGCUACGCCUGGCGCGCUUCUAAGUGGUCCAAGUGCUCUCGCGUGUGCGGAGGCGGGGAGCGGCACCGGAGAGUCAAGUGUGUGGACAAGGUGACGCAGAAGGAGGUUCCCCAGAAGUCCUGCUACCUCCACACUCAGCACCUAAAGCCCCCGGAAAAGUCCACGUGCAACAUCGACCCGUGCAUGCAGUGGCAAACUUCGGAAUGGUCGAGGUGUUCAGUGAAGUGCGGGCCGGGCACUCGACAACGCGAAGUGAGCUGUCCGCUGCGCGACCGGUGCGACCCGGCGCGAAGACCUUCCAACUCGAGCGCCUGCAACCGGGGUCCGUGCCACGACUCAACACCCGGUUCCUCGACGCGACUGGUACCAUGAUAGCGAUCGACGGCGUACGGACCCCCCGUGCCGGGACUUUUCUGUGACCCGUUUGUCCCACCUUCGCCUUCGGGCGUUCGCCCCCCACCACGGGCCGUUGCGUCGCCACCACCACCCGUGUGAUUUCGUGUUUUUUCAAGUUGAUCAGUCGGAUUGUUGUGGAAAGCCGUCCGCGCGCCGCCGUUGGUACUAAGCGCCAGCGUGUUGACACCAGAUGCGUACACUGUGGCGUUUCUCCCUCUACUUUCUCCAGUAGCGCACCGAUUUCCCCGUGUCUUUUAUAGAUACUAUAACAUUACACAAACCAAGUGUGUGCAGGCUCCUUUUGCAAUGAGUGAGUCCGUACGGUGAGUUUCCAAGGGGUCAUGAACCCUUUGUAAGUAUACAAUGACCGUUCUUCCUUCAGGCUCCCCCCUUGUACAAUUUAAUCAGAAAGAUUACGUGUCUCAAAUGCGUCACAGCGCACAUUAUAGUGCUCACCAAGCCCCCCC